AUGUCUCCUACGAAUUACAAAUCCAGUGAAUAUGUCGACGAUUCCGAUCUAGAAGACAUAGAAGAACAGGUAUUUGAACCUCCAAAGCACUACCAUAAGCUUUCACAUCCUUCAAAAAGUUUACCGAAAGCAAAAGAUAAGGAAAUAUGGUUAAUCAAAACACCAAAAGAUUUCCCCCUUGAAAAGCUAAAGACUUUGCCCAUUGCAUUCACCAAAAACAGAGUAGCUGAACCAUUUGACAUUGUUGGAUCAACAUAUCAAGUGGAGGAAGAACUUUCGUCGACUUCCGCAUCAACCAUCAUCCCUAGUACAGAAAUAAAUAACAAGCACACCAUCUUCAAGGCCAAACAUGACUCAUUUAGACCAACUGAUCUCAAAAUUAGCCGCUUUUACAAUAUCAAGGAAGUGGUGAAUAUCCCACAGAUCGAUUUUGAUAAGAGUAGAAUUCCAAGAGAAGAUGUACCUCAAUUGAAACGGUUGAGAAUGAGACAUUUUCCUACAGGGUAUGGUGAAAAAGAUUUCAAAGUUACUUAUGAUGAUGAUGACUCAGAUGUGGAGGAAGGUAAAGCUGUCAAGAGAACCAGAAAAGAAGAACCAGCCUUUGAUGAGCCACAUAAGGAAAAGCAUAGUAGUUCGAAACAUCAGAAGGAAAAUAAAGAUAAGAAGGAGAAGAAGGAGAAGAAGGAGAAGAAGGAGAAGAAGGAGAAGAAGGAGAAAAGGGAAAAGAAGGGUCAUUAA